AUGUAUGACGCCGCAGCCACGAGCCAAGCAAACGCCCAUAUGGCAGAAAUUCACCGCAUCAACAAGGACGGACCGAUGCCACCUCAGAUGAAGAAGCAGCGUACUUUGCUCGACAUGAUUGACUUGGACCCCCGGCAGCCAAAGGAACAAGCUCUGAUGAAUGCCUUUGCGGCGUCGUUCGAUCCCAUUCGAUUUCAGCAAUUGCUCAUUCGCUGGGUGACUUGUGACAACAUUCCUUUUCACAAGCUCGAGAGCCCCACAAUCCGCGAAUGGAUUAUACGGCCUUUCAAUCGUCAUAAAGGCGUCGUGACAGAAUUGCUGAGUCGCUCGCUGAGCCGCAUUAACGUCUCUUUCGACGCUUGGUCCUCUCGCAGAUUCACGUCCCUACUCGGCCUGACGGUCCACUUCCUUGACGACGAAGGCAAGUUUCGAACAUUUCUUCUCGGCCUACCGCGGAUCGAAGGUCGUCACAGCGGCGAAAAUCUUUCCGACCGUGUAAGCGAGAUAAUACACGAAUACGGGUUUGAGGACCGCGUUGGGUAUUUUGUGACAGACAAUGCGGAGAGCAACGACACCUGCCUUGACCGUCUGAGCACUGAGUUGGAGUUCAGGAAGCAGCAUCGGCGACUUCGUUGCUUUGGUCAUAUCAUCAAUCUCGUCGCUCGAUCCAUCCUUUUCGGGGCAAACGUCGAUGCGUUUGAGGAGGACUGUCAAGCCGAAAAAGAGAUCCAGGAUGACAUGAAUCUCUGGAGACGCAAAGGCCCCAUAGGCAAAUUACAUAACAUCGUCCACUGGGUGCAAAGGUCUGGGCAGCGAAUCGAGAAGCUCCACAAGCUGCAGUCAAUCGAGAACAUUGCCUUGAGUCUUGAGGAUCAAACAACUUACGAUGUAAUCCUGGAUAACGCUACUCGCUGGAACUCCUCCGAGGCCAUGAUGGAGCGAGGCUACAAGCUCCGCAAUGCACUUGACUCACUUGUCCAGGCGGAAGUGACGGAGUGGAAGGAAUAUGUGUCACGGAGAACUCAGAAUGGGAUGAGGCCGAUGCCGAAGAGGAGUCGAAAGAAGCCCGCGAUAGUCGAUGACAAGAUGUCUGCGGAGGACUGGUCGGUGAUUGCAGAGUACUUGGCCAUUUUGGGUCCACUCAAAAUAGCCACGAAGCGCCUGGAAGGUCGCCCUAGCGAGGGGAAAGUUGGAGCGACUUGGGAGGUCCUUUUGACGAUGGAGUGGCUUUUGAAACAUCUAGAGGACUCGAAACUCCGACACGAGCGGGACGAGGAACCGUAUCUGCGCAUCGGCUGUAAUCUUGGGUGGAUGAAGCUGGACGAAUACUAUACCCUCACCGAGAAUAGUCCAGCGUACCUCGCAGCCCUUGUUCUUCACCCUGCAUUCCGUUGGUCUACUAUAGAAUCGCAGUGGGCCGAGCAUCCAGAUUGGCUGGUCAAAGGCAAGGCUGCUGUUCGGGAACUGUGGGAGGAGUAUCGUGUACUCACCGUGGAGCAGGAUGCGAUACCCGAACAGCCCACAGUUUCUCGCAAGACCACGGAUCUAGAUGACUUCAUGGCCUCGAUCAGGAAGCUCAGUACUCGGCCUGCCCCGUCAGCGUCUGCCAUGCGAGAUGAAGAGGACGGCUGA